CAUCCAAGAAAAGAAACAAUGAAAUCUAUUCUUCCACUAUGUUGUUUCCUUUUCCUCUUAGUACUCAACACGAAACCACUACAAGGAGCAGAACCAGAGCCAAUAGUAGACAAACAAGGAAACCCUCUUCAACCAAAUGAAGGUUACUACGUUUGGCCACUUUGGUCUGACUAUGGAGGCAUAACAUUAGGCCAAACAAGAAACAGAACAUGUCCACUCGACGUAAUUCGCAACCCCGACGCUAUCGGUAGCCCAGUCUUCUUCUCCGCAUCAGGUCUUGAUUACAUUCCAACACUCACUGAUUUAACAAUUGAUAUUCCAAUUUUGGGAAGUCCUUGCAAGGAAUCAAAAGUUUGGAAGCUUUCAAAAGUUGGGUCAGGGUUUUGGUUUGUGAGCACUGGUGGUUUAGCUGGUGAUCUUGUUACCAAGUUUAAGAUUGAGAGGCUUGAAGGUGACCAUGCUUAUGAGAUUUAUAGUUUCAAGUUCUGUCCUUCUGUAACUGGUGUUCUUUGUGCUCCUGUUGGGACUUUUGAAGAUGCUGAUGGAACUAAAGUUAUGGCUGUUGGGGAUGGUAUUGAACCUUAUUAUGUUAGGUUUCAGAAGGUUUCUAGUUAUAAGAAUAAAGAUUUGAGCAGUAUUUAAGGUUGAUAGGUUUUUUUGUUGUGUUGUGUAGUGAAGUGUGUUGGGUGGGUUUUUCCCAACAAAGUGGGAUGGUCAUAAUAACAAUAAGGCAUGAAACGAGUGCUUGUCUCUGUUUUUGAGAUUUGCCACUUUGUUUUUCUGGUCAAAAGUGAAAUGAAAUUGAACUUUUUACUCAUACAA